CCGAGAAAAAAAAAAUGAAAUUUUCUCGAUCAAUUUUCCCCUGAAAUUAAUUUUCAAAAAAAAAAAGAAAAUCCAAGCUUCUACGAUGUCCCUUCUGGUACACUUCCCGGAAAUGCACGUUUCCCCUCAAACCACACAAAACCCUAACCCUAAACUGAGGAAAUUCCACACCUUUAAACCCUACACAAAAUUGAAAGCAAUUAGGUCAAAGCACAGCGUGAAAAUUUCUUCCGAAGUGAAGGAUUAUGCUGUUUUGGAUUUGGGUUUGGAUCGGAAUUUGAAGCAGUACGGUCAAUUCUCGGCUCCGGUGAAGAGUGAUUCGAAGUCGAGCAAAGAGGAAGAGGAAGAAAAGCAGAAUUAUUAUGUGAAUAUGGGAUAUGCUAUUCGAACUUUGAGGGAAGAGUUCCCUGAUCUCUUUUACAAGGAACUUAGCUUUGACAUCUAUAGGGAUGAUAUUGUAUUUAAGGAUCCUUUGAAUACAUUUAUGGGCAUUGAGAAUUACAAAUCAGUCUUCUGGAAUCUACGAUUUCAUGGCAAGAUAUUUUUCAAAGCUUUGUGGAUAGACUUAAAUAGUGUGUGGCAGCCCGUUGAGAAUGUCAUUAUGGUUCGCUGGACUGUUCACGGAAUCCCACGAGUUCCAUGGGAAAGCCGCGCUAGGUUUGAUGGGACCUCUGAGUAUAAACUUGACAAACAAGGUAAGAUUUACGAGCAUCGGGUUGAGAACUUUGCUCUGAAUUCACCUCCUAGGUUUAAAGUGAUGUCUGUGGAAGAAUUGAUCCAAUCUCUUGGCUGCCCGUCGACCCCAAGACCAACUUACUUUGAAAUAUCUUCAUCUACUGAGAGAAAGUAAAGUUACUCAUGCUCUUCAAAAAGUUUUGGACCAAAUUGUGCAUAUUAUAGUAUACAUUGAGCUAGAAUCUAGCAUCUUGUUGUAGUAUAAAACCUUAACAACCUGGCCUUUUUCUUUAGAUUUAAAGGUUUAUAUGUAUAUGAUGACUUAAUGGUGUGCAGAUCUACUGGCACCAGUUUAUAGGGUGUUCGUUGGCUGUGUAAGUAGUUGAGUUUGAAAAUCCAUGUAUAUAAAUAUGAUGCAAUUGCUACUUAAGUUUUUAUCAACAUAUAAGCUAUUCAUGUACUAAUUUCCCAAGAAUAAUUCAUAUAUUUCAGUCUUGCUUCUCA